GGCGACGCACUGCGAAGUGCGACUGCGCAUUACUGACGUCACGCGUGCCGAGGGGGCAGGGGUGUUUUGGUUCCUUCCGCUCGCCGUCCUUAUCCGAGUCUGUAGUGGGAAAUCUUCUGGUUCCUGUCUUCUCUUCCCCUUUCUCGUCCCCAUCCCGGUUCUCCCUCUCUCCUUCCCUACCGUCUGCUGCUUUUUUUCCUACUUCUGCCCCGGGGCGGGGCCAUUUUCCGGGCCAGGCGCACCGAAGCGCGCCUCCCCGGGGCCCGGUAUAUGACUCGCUCUCCUACUACCCCUCGCGUCCCCCGCCCCAUGAGGCUGCGGGGCCGCGGCGGCGCUGCCCACUAUGGCCCGGAAAGCAGUUAGCAGGAAGCGGAAAGCGCCUGCAUCGCCAGGAUCUGGGAGCGAUGGUCAAGGUCCGCAGUUUGCCUGGGAUCAUUCGCUUCACAAAAGGAAAAGGCUCCCCCCAGUGAAGAGAUCCUUAGUGUAUUACCUGAAGAACAGGGAAGUAAGGCUACAGAAUGAAACCAGCUACUGUCGAGUGUUGCAUGGUUAUGCAGCACAGCAACUUCCCAGUCUCCUGAAGGAGAAAGAGUUUCAUCUUGGGACCCUUAAUAAAGUAUUUGCCUCUCAGUGGUUGAAUCAUAGGCAAGUGGUGUGUGGAACAAAAUGCAACACGCUAUUUGUAGUGGAUGUCAAGACAAGCCAGAUCACCAAGAUCCCCAUUUUGAAGGACCGGGAGCCUGGAGGUGUGACCCAGCAGGGUUGUGGCAUCCAUGCAAUUGAGCUGAAUCCCUCUAGAACGCUGUUAGCUACUGGAGGAGACAACCCCAACAGUCUUGCUAUCUAUCGACUACCUACCCUAGAUCCUGUGUGUGUGGGAGAUGAUGGACACAAGGACUGGAUCUUUUCCAUUGCAUGGAUCAGCGAUACUAUGGCAGUGUCUGGCUCUCGUGAUGGUUCUAUGGGACUCUGGGAGGUGACGGAUGAUGUGUUGACCAAAAGUGAUGCAAGGCACAAUAUGUCACGGGUCCCUGUGUAUGCUCACAUCGCUCACAAGGCCUUAAAGGACAUCCCAAAGGAGGACACAAACCCUGACAACUGCAAGGUCCGGGCUUUGGCUUUCAACAAUAAGAACAAGGAAUUGGGAGCAGUAUCUCUGGAUGGCUACUUUCAUCUCUGGAAAGCUGAGAACACAUUGUCUAAGCUCCUCUCCACCAAGCUGCCAUAUUGGCGGGAGAAUGUGUGUCUGGCCUAUGGUAGUGAAUGGUCAGUGUAUGCGGUGGGCUCCCAAGCUCAUGUCUCCUUCUUGGAUCCACGACAGCCCUCAAACAGUGUCAAGUCUGUGUGUUCCCGGGAACGAGGCAGUGGGAUCCGGUCAGUGAGCUUCUAUGAGCACAUUAUCACUGUGGGCACAGGGCAGGGCUCCCUGCUCUUCUAUGACAUCCGAGCACAGAGAUUUCUGGAAGAGAGAUUCUCAUCUUGUUGUGGGUCCAAGCCCAAGCUAGCAGGGGAAAAUCUGAAACUAACCACUGGCAAAGGUUGGCUGAAUCAUGAUGAAACCUGGAGGAAUUACUUUUCGGAUAUUGAUUUCUUCCCCAACGCUGUUUACACCCACUGCUACGACUCGUCAGGAACGAAACUCUUUGUGGCAGGAGGUCCUCUCCCUUCAGGGCUUCAUGGGAACUACGCUGGGCUCUGGAGUUAAUGACAACUGUCUCCCAAAAUGCAAAUUUACACUAACAUUCAUCCUUGGUUUCCUUGUUCUUCUGAUUUGUUUUCUUCUGAUUGUGUGAA